CUGAGAGACACAGACAAUGUAGACAGUGGAAAAGCAGCAGCUGUUCGGAGGCCGUCUGCAGUCUGUCUUUUCAUGUCUGACACAUUAAAGUUUGACAGCAGCCAUCGGGAUGUCACAUCAAUAGUGGAUGUGAGACUGUGUUAGAUUUAAGAAUGAGCAGGAGGGGGAGGAGGAGGAACAGCAAGAGGAGGAAGAGCUCCAGCAGCAACAAACAGAGUGUCUCACCGUACAUUUUUAAAAAGCAGAACAAAAACAAUAACUGCAACAAUGAGGAUCUUGUUGAAAAGGGAGAAACCGACUCUUUUCGGAAGGAAAAUGUUCUGUCAGCAUCUGAAGAUGAGGAAAAAUACAACAAUUCUGCACCAAAGGAGAAAAGAUUUAAAGAGGAUUAUCACCUGAAUUCAUUUGUACACCAAAAGAGUAUUUAUAACAAAACAACAAAGGAUGAAGAGAAAGGAGUGAAAAUAGUGACCUCAGUUUCUGUCACAGGAGAUUCAUCCCCAAAGAUCAAGUUUGAGCAAUCACAGGAACCUUUAUCUGGAAAUCCAACCCACUCACCGGUUCCAGUUACUAACAUCCUGAAUAUCAACUGCACCGGAUCACAUGUAAAACUUCAACUUAAUACAUCUGGCACCAAGACCACAUUUGUUGUCAUGAAUAGAAGCUGGUGCAGUACUGAGGUGCUUUUUAAGCGCAAAUGUGAGGGGACAUGGAUGCCAGACGAUGAGUCUUCUGAGCAGCUGUUACAUAAUGUCAGAGAGGAUAAAGAAAAUCAGAACAGUAAUGAUAGAAAUCACCCUGGAACCACAAAUAAACAAACAGAGGCUCCUUGUGAUUCAAAAUAUGCCAGAUCCACAAAUAUAUGGGACAGUCCAGACUACUGUCAAUGCUGCAGUGAUCACAAACAACAAAGAUCAGCGGACUUUAAGGUGGCAAAUCAUCUAUCAAGCCCACCACUGCUGUUAAAUAUCAAACCUCAAGAGAAGAGGCAAAGUUUUCAAAAAAGCCUCAGUGGGGAUCAGUUCUGGGACAUUCCUCCGCCCCAAGAGUUUGCAGAUAUUAAACAUGACAGUUUAGAAGGCCUCACAGAAGACUUGGCUUCCUGUAAAAUCAACACUUCUAGUCAAGCUGACGUACACUCGACCUCCACUGAGGAGCUCAGAUGCCUAAUUUCUGCACAAGAAGAAGAAAGAAGUCUGCCACCUUCUUUUGAUCAGUUAUCAGAAUCUGGUAACUAUGACCCCAUGUUCAUGAGACCCUUCUUGUUUACCAGCAGGUCCAACUUAACAAUGGAUUUCAUCAAUGGGCAGAAAAAAAAACCCUGGAUUAGAAAUAAUAGUAUUGCCACAGUAGAACACAGAGCAUGCUCAUUACCAAAGAAAAGACGUCAAACAUUUCCUGGGACGUCACAGAGUUUAAGACUGAUUCAAGAAGAUCUUCAGCUGCCGUACAGAGAAUCGUUUUCCUCUUUGAUCAUGUGCUCACUUCCUGUCCAGACUGAGAGGUUGGAAAGGACUGAGAAGGGUGGUGAAAGGUUAUCUCCAUUUGGAAUAGAAAAUAAUAUUUUUUCACAAACCACAGGGGGUUUUAAACUGUUCUCAGAAACUGAAGACAGCCAUGACAGAGCACAGCCAUUCCUCAGUCCAUUCUCGGAGAAUAAUCCAGAUGAGUUGUUCACGAACACUGAACACUGUCAAAGACACGACUGCAGCAGACAACAUGAUGCUAACCUGAGCAUUUGUAAGGACAUGGAAGGUCUAGACACUGAUGACUGUGAAUAUACUAAAGGAGCAGACAGUGGAUUUGAUCAAGAAUUUGGAGAAGGAGAAUAUCACAGUCCCCUUACCGAGGAGCUAAGUCGAAGAGCCCUUUCUAUACAAAUCAUCCCUCCGUCUUGCAGUGGGUCAGAGGAACAUAUGCUACAGAUUCACCCAGAAAUACAAUUCCCAAACAAUGAGGUUAAAAAUGAAGACCAGAAGGAUUGUGUCUCUUUUUUACCUGAAUAUAGCAAGUCCUCAGUUCACACAAUAACGGGUGGUGCACUUGACCAAAGUCUCUUGCAGAGGGACGCAUUGUCACCAGAUGGUUGUCUGGAAAACCAUCUAUGGAAUGCUGUGGAUGACUUGUGCACGUCCCUUUUGCAGGACUUAGAUGUUCAAUCAUUAAACUCAGAUGAGGUUCCAGAAGACAUUAAACCUAAACCAACUGAUGAAAAAAUGGGAAGUACCAGCCCUCCUCUGCCAUUGAUGAGUGAGGACACAAAUGAUCUCCAGCUGGAUACAGGAAGAAUUGCUACAGAGACUUCAAACCAACCUACAAUCAUAGCAUCAUGUCUGCCAAAAGGUUCUACAGACAUAGAAGUCUUUGCAAAAGAGGCGCUCAGUAAAACCAACAGGGCAGAAAAACAGAUUGUAUCUAGAUCGUCUUUAGAGAUCAAGGAGCACCUGAAGCCUGUGGUUCAUAGAGAUCCAGAUAUUAGUGCCUCUGAACACUGGGCUAAAAGGCGGAAGCUCUUCAAAGAGAGCAAGCAGAAGAGCUCUGCUGGAGGAAGCUCAAUCACCAGUGACAUCACAGAGGAAUCAGUAUCAGAGGACACUCACUCUAUGGACACAACAUUUCAAGAAGCUGAAGAAAGAGGCUUUUAUACAGAAACAUUCCACUCAUCGGCAUGGAUUUUCCAAGGAGACGACGUAGGCCCUGGGGCCAUUCAUCCCAGUCUGACCACCAGAACUCGCGCUGUCUCAAUUCGAGAGAGGACUGUCAAGAUCAGCAAAGGGGCAGGAGAGUACCCCUGGGGCUUUCGAAUACAGUUUUCUAAACCCAUCGUUGUCACAGAGGUUGACACAAAUGGGGCUGCUGAGGAAGCAGGGUUGAUGGUAGGAGACUAUGUCCUAGCUGUCAAUGGCAUUGAUGUCACCAGUAUUCCUCAUUCUGAGGCUGCUGAUUUAGCCAGACAGGGUCCAGAUGUUCUGACAUUGACCAUUGGGUCAGACAUUGCUCGUGGUCCUAACACGCCAAGACCAGCAUGCCGUGGUUACCUUCACAAGCGUACUCAGUCUGGUCUGAUUAAAGGCUGGAGAAAGAGGUGGUUUGUACUGACGCAUGACUGCUGCCUUUACUACUACAGACACAAACGGGAUGAUGGUAAGAGGCGGGCACUGUCAGCAGUAAAGAUGGAAGGGGCUGAGGUGGGACCAGACACUUCCCUUGGAAAACCAUUUGUGUUCAAGUGCCAGCCUCAGUCUGGUAUUCGAGUGUACUUCUUCUGUGCCACUUCCAACCAGGAAAUGAAAAGGUGGCUGGAAGCGAUGGAGAAAGCUACUCAUCCCAUCACACAGAACCAUGUUUGGGUGGAUGUCACCAAACACAACUCUAAUCUGCCCCCGCUGGCUGUAAAAAAUCCAGACUGUCUAGGAUUACUUCAUAAAAUGGACCAAAACAAGGACUCAUGGGUACAGCACUACUGCAUUCUGAAGGAUGGGUGCCUCUACUUGUACAGUGGCAUCCGUGCAACCCACGCACAAGGUGGCAUCUACCUUCAGGGUUACGUGGUGAGAGAGCAGCCCCAUGGAUCCAAGAAUUCCAUCAUUGAGUUGAAACCUCCAUCUGAUGAGUUUAGAACGUUCUACCUCUGUGCUGAGAACCCGAAUGAAAAUCAACGGUGGAUCAUAGCUAUCAAAGCAUCAGUAAAGAAGUGGCUGCCUUUACACCGGGCCCUUCACGACUACAUGAAUGGACCACCAGAAGAGACCAGAAUGUGAAUCACCAUGUUCUCUGUAAAUACUGACAGAGCCAUGUGGUUGACCCGCCUGUCUGCAGAUGGCUGUACUGCUUUUAGUGUUUUGCAUUUUGUUGUGCAGAAUAAUUUCACUAAUGCUGCACUACUGCUAGAGAGAAUCAGGUCACUCUUGAGGCACCAUUAGAAAUGUCCUCAGUCUAUCAGAUGUGAGGGACAAAAAUAUUUAUUUGAUUUUUCUUUCCUUUCUUUUUGUUUACACUGUUUUUCUUCUGCUUCACAGUUUUAAUUGAAGUUUAACUGGAUUUUCAGUUUUUACUUUUUGUUCUUUCUACAACAGAUUUCAACUGUUUUAUUUCCUUAUAGAUGAAGGUUGUAUACUCAGACAAAUGAGUCAUAAAAUGUAUAUUUUGUCAUCAUUUUCAUUACACCCCCCUCCCUCCAAAAAAAA